CGGCCUGUAAGGACCACCGGCGGGCUCUGGAGGUGUCCCAACACUCAGAGGAGAUGGGGCUGAUCCUGGGGGUGUGUGCUGGGGGCCUGGUGGUGCUCAUCCUGCUCCUGGGGGCCAUCAUCAUCAUCAUCAAGAAGGGGUGAGUCACUGGCCCACAUUUUUAUAACACCUCAGAGGCACAUGAUUACCACACAGCGUGUACAUCCCGUUCCCUUAUGGUGUACCAGAGGGACCACACCGCUCUCAUCUGCAGGGCUUAUCUGAGUGUGAAAUAUUUAAUUAAAGGCGAAUACAAUUCAAUUACUCACUUAAUUAUGCACGCCGGGCAGCGGCGUGACCCAUAAAUGAGAGGAUAAUUGGGAGGGAAAAGGUGUGCUUUAGGAGAUGAUUAGCCUAGCCACUAGCUCCCAAAGGUCUCACCUCCCCGCAGGUGGUGACAACGAGAGGGGCGCCCCACCCACCUUUAUGGUGGCAUAUGACCCAGAUGUUACACCCUACUCAUAUACUCCCUUUCACAGGAGUGACUUGACACUACCCUGAGGGGAGUGUCUGGGUUUUGCCCGCUUUUUAAUGUCCCACUCUAUAUUGAAAUGUAUUUUUUAUAUCAUGAAUGAUACAGUGCCCUCCAUAAUUUUUGGGACAGUGAAGCAUUUUUUCUUAUUUUGGCUGUAUACUUCACAAGUUUGGAUUUUAAAUCAGACAAUGACUAUGAGGUUAAAGUGCAGACUGUCAGCUUGAAUUUGAGGGUAUUUUCAUCCAUAUCGGGUGAACCGCUUAGAAAUUACAGCACUUUUUGGACAUAGUUUCCCCAUUUUAGGGGAGCAAAGGUAUUCGGACAAAUUCACUUACAGUGGGGAGAACAAGUAUUUGAUACACUGCCGAUUUUGCAGGUUUUCCUACUUACAAAGCAUGUAGAGGUCUGUAAUUUUUUAUCAUAGGUACACUUCAACUGUGAGAGACGGAAUCUAAAACAAAAAUCCAGAAAAUCACAAUGUAUGAUUUUUAAGUAAUUAAUUUGCAUUUUAUUGCAUGACAUAAGUAUUUGAUCACCUACCAACUAGUAAGAAAUCCGGCUCUCACAGACAUGUUAGUUUUUCUUUAAGAAGCCCUCCUGUUCUCCACUCAUUACCUGUAUUAACUGCACCUGUUUGAACUCGUUACCUGUAUAAAAGACACCUGUCCACACACUCAAUCAAACAGACUCCAACCUCUCCACAAUGGCCAAGACCAGAGAGCUGUGUAAGGACAUCAGGGAUAAAAUUGUAGACCUGCACAAGGCUGGGAUGGGCUACAGGACAAUAGGCAAGCAGUGAGAAGGCAACAACUGUUGGCGCAAUUAUUAGAAAAUGGAAGAAGUUCAAGAUGAUGGUCAAUCACCCUCGGUCUGGGGCUCCAUGCAAGAUCUCACCUCGUGGGGUAUCAAUGAUCAUGAGGAAGGUGAGGGAUCAGCCCAGAACUACACGGCAGGACCUGGUCAAUGACCUGAAGAGAGCUGGGACCACAGUCUCAAAGAAAACCAUUAAUAACACACUACGCCAUCAUGGAUUAAAAUCCUGCAGCACACGCAAGGUCCCCCUGCUCAAGCUGGCGCAUGUUCAGGCCCGUCUGAAGUUUGCCAAUGACCAUCUGCAUGAUCCAGAGGAAGAAUGGGAGAAGGUAAUGUGGUCUGAUGAGACAAAAAUAUAGCUUUUUGGUCUAAACUCCACUCGCUGUGUUUGGAGGAAGAAGAAGGAUGAGUACAACCCCAAGAACACCAUCCCAACAGUGAAGCAUGGAGGUGGAAACAUCAUUCUUUGGGGAUGCUUUUCUGCAAAGGGGACAGGACGACUGCACCGUAUUGAGGGGAGGAUGGAUGGGGCCAUAUAUCGCAAGAUCUUGGCCAACAACCUCCUUCCCUCAGUAAGAGCAUUGAAGAUGGGUCAUGGCUGGGUCUUCCAGCAUGACAACGACCCGAAACACACAGCCAGGGCAACUAAGGAGUGGCUCCGUAAGAAGCAUCUCAAGGUCCUGGAGUGGCCUAGCCAGUCUACAGACCUGAACCCAAUAGAACAUCUUUGGAGGGAGCUGAAAGUCCGUAUUGCCCAGUGACAGCCCCGAAACCUGAAGGAUCUGGAGAAGGUCUGUAUGGAGGAGUGGGCCAAAAUCCCUGCUGCAGUGUGUGCAAACCUGGUCAAGACCUACAGGAAACGUAUGAUCUCUGUAAUUGCAAACAAAGGUAUCUGUACCAAAUAUUAAGUUCUGCUUUUCUGAUGUAUCAAAUACUUAUGUCAUGCAAUAAAAUGCAAAUGAAUUACUUAAAAAUCAUACAAUGUGAUUUUCUGGAUUAUUGUUUUAGAUUCCUUCUCUCACAGUUGAAGUGUACCUAUGAUAACUCAGUUCAUAUUGUUUCCAGUCUGUUAAAGCAUCAGUAGCUCUCUAAUGUAGCAUUUGCAAGGCUAUGGAGAGGAUAUGAAAAGUAAUUGAUUAAAGGUUCCUGUUGGUUCCGGUUAGGUUCCCCCAAGUAGUUCAAUAAAAAAACAGUUUUCUCAUCAUAAAUGCCUUACCAGUGUAACUAACAUACUGUGGGCGGCAGGUUAGCGGUUAAGAGUGUUGGGCCAGUAACCGAAAGGUCGCUGGUUCGAAUCCCUGAGCCGGCAACGUGGAAAAAUCUGCCGUUCUGCGCUUGAGCAAGGUAGUUAACCCCCAACAACUGCUCCCCGGAUGCCGACGAUGUUGAUUAAGGCAGACCCCGCACCUCUCUGAUUCAGAGGGGUUGGGUUAAAUGCGGAAUACAUAUUUCGUUAAAUGCAUUCAGUUGUGCAACUGACUAGGUAAUCCCCUUUCCCUAUAUGUAGCCUAUUAAAAUACACUAUAUAUUGUGGCAGACCAGGGGGUUUGAUCUAAAUGUUUACACAGAUCAGACACGGACACAAGUGUGAUACCUCAGUUUCAAGGGUGUUUAUUUGAAAACAACAAAGAAAAAUAAAAGAAACAGGUCUCCUCCAGGAGACCUCUUCUGGGUUCCGCGAAAUGCUUUCUCCUCUGGGGUAGAACACCGAGCCCCUUGGUUCUAGCAGACCGUGAGGACGUCUAUCCGGUAGCAACCUCUUACUACCUCCAACCGCUCCCCUGUGCUGCCCUCCUGGCAGCUUUAUGGGCCCCAUACCGCUGGUGAGCAAUCAGCCCCUUGAUUACUCACCAGCCCCAAUUAGUCCUGGCCUGAGGACCCGUCAAGACAUGGCACAUCCAGCAGAAGGAGCCACCGCCGCGUGAUGUAGACUCCAUCUGUCACCAGUCCUCGACGAGUCUCUCCCUGGUGGCUUGUCCGCGGUAUGCCACAAUAUACAUAUAUAUAUAUAUAUAUAUAUAUAUAUAUAUAUAUAUAUUUCAGACACACCCGUUGCUGACAGGUGUGUAAAAUUUAGCACAUAGCCAUGCAAUCUCCAUAGGAACACAUUAGCUGUAGAAUGGCCUUACUGAAGAGCUCAGUGACUUUCAACGUGGCACCGUCAUAGGAUGCCACCUUUCCAACAAUCAGUUUGUCAAAUUUCUGCCCUGGUCAACUGUAAGUUCUGUUAUUGUGAAGUGGCAACGUCUAGGAGCAACAACGGCUCAACCGCGAAGUGGUAUGCCACACAAGCUCACAGAACGGGACCGCCGAGUGCUGAAGCGCGUAAAAAUUGUCUGUCCUCGGUUGCAACACUCACUGCCGAGUUCCUAACUGCCUCUGGAAGCAACGUCAGCACAAUAACUGUUUGUUGGGAGCUUCAUGAAAUGGGUUUCCAUGGCCGAGCAGCCGCACACAAACCUAAAAUCAACGUUGCUCAAUGAAAAGUGUGUGUGGAGUGGUGUAAAGCUCUCCACCAUUGGAUUCUGGAGCGUUUUCUGGAGUGAUGAAUCACACUUCACCAUCAGGAGAACGCUAACUGCCCGAAUGCACAAUGCCAACUGUAAAGUUUGGUGGAGGAGGAAUAAUGGUCUGGAGCUGUUUUUCAUGGUUCGGGCUAGGCCCCUUAGUUCCAGUGAAGGGGAAUCUUAACGCUACAUGACAUUCUAGAUGAUUCUGUGCUUCCAACUUUGUGGCAACAAUUUGGGGAAGGCCCUUUCUUGUUUCAGCAUGACAAUGCUCCCAUGCACAAAUCAAGGUCCAUACAGAAAUGGUUUGUCGAGACCGGUGUGGAAGAACUUGACUGGCCUGCACAGAGCCCUUCGAACACCUUUGGGAUUAAUUGGAACACCGACUGCCAGCCAGGCCUAAUCGCCCAACAUCAGUGCCCGACCUCACUAAUGCUCAUGGCUGACUGGAAGCAAGUCCCCGCAGCAAUGUUCCAACAUCUAGUGGAAAGCCUUCCCAGAUGAGUGGAGGCUGUUAUAGCAGCAAACUGGGGACCAACUCCAUAUUAAUGCUCAUGAUUUUAGAAUGAGAUGUUCAACAAGCAGGUGUCCACAUAGCUUUGGUCAUGUAGUGUAUCCAGGCCUAUGAAAAAUAUGGCUGAAGUUAUUUUAUUUUCUAUGAAAUCGAGUCUCAAGUCAAGUCAUAUGACUCAAGUCCACACCUAUGGCACACACAACCCUGGAGAAGAAAGCAGCAAGUGCUGCUAGCCCCAACACAUUAUUCCAGAUUACUCCACUAAGCCACCAUGAAGUUUGCUCUUAGCUGGAUGAUUGCUACAUUUGCUCUGGCAGGAAGCGACAUAGUUUACCUGUUAAAGGGGAACACAGUGACAUAUUCAAUUAGAGGCUGGUCUAGCUGCUUUGGCUGUGGUUUGGUCCUGUCACCGCGUGGUAAAUGCAGGAGUCACACGGUCCAACUACACGUUGCAGAGACCGUUGCCAUUUUCACGUUAAUGAAUCCAUCCCUCGGCCGGCCGGCAUUUCUUGCAUCUCACAUCUUAUUUUUCUUCUUCUUCUUUCUCUUGAUUGUAUUUUCUCUGCCCUCCCUCCCGCUCACUCGCCAGAAGGGACUACUACUCUUACUCGUACUAUCCGUAAGUGACGCCACCCUCCUUCCUUUCCAUUGUUUUGCCAAUCGAUCAUUCACAUGCUUGUGCUCUCUGUCUGCCAAAGAAGUGUUUGUGGCCAAAUAAAUCUCUCUCUGUCUCUGUCUCUGUCUCUGUCUCUGUCUCUGUCUCUCUCUGUCUCUCUCUCUCUGUCUCUCUGUGUGUGUGUGUGUUUGUAGGAAGCCAGUGAACAUAAAUAAGACGCCCAUAACGUACCGUCAGGAGAAGAGUCACAUGGGUUCAAUGGAGCGCAGUUUCACUGACCAGAGUACCCUGCAGGAGGAUGAGCGCAUGGCCAUCUCUUUCAUGGAUGCACACACCUGCAGCACGCGCAGUAAGACAUACACGUGCACACACACACACCUCUCAAAUAAAAAAAGAAGACACCAUCAAUCAAGCUAUGAUGCAUUCCUGGGACACCUGACGACAAAAAUAUUCACUCACAUAAUCACUUAGGACAAGCUUUUCCCAAAAUGUUCAUCAAACGCUCCCACAAUAUUGUGUGUGAGCUUUAUACCUCCCACAACAUCCAUUUAGUCUUAGAAAAGCUUCAUGUACCUCAGAAGCGGCUGUACUCCCUGCAGCAGAUCCACAGUCUAAAAUAAGAUAACGAGAAAAAUAAAAUUGAAAGCAGAAGUAAAGUGAAACACCUUCAGGAUAGAAAAUUAUUUGUGAUUCUAGUCAUCUUCCUUCUCAUCUCGAUAUCUUGAAAUAUUAAGGUGCAUAACAGAAAUGGAAAGAAUGGUUUUUCAUGUCCUGGGCCCGGUUGCAUAAAACACCUUAAGUUAAUUUCCCCCCUAUCUUUUCCCUUAAAGUUUCCUUAACUUUAAGUCAGUUGCACAAAACAUUGAAGGUGAAUUCCCCCCUUAAAUUAAGUGAAAAGGUUAAGGGUGCCCAUGAGGUCCCUUAACUGCUUCAUUCAGUAUGGAUGUAAACAGCAUUUGUGGAGGUGAAUGUUGCCUUCAUCUGCUCUGGUUACAAAAGGAAAACAUCAACCAGCUAGCUACUUAGCUAAACAAUGGAAGGUACACAAUCCAUGGCUAGCUGGCUAGUUAGCUAUAUCUACUCUGUAAGAUAGCUUGACGUACUAGAAAGCAAUAUAAACAAGUUGAGAAAAAAGUAACUACAAGAAAUGUGGUUUAUUAUAUUCUGAAACAAUUUGUUUAUCCUGUCUUGAUUGUAAUUCUAUUUGCUUUCUCACAAAAUGAAAGCGAUCUCUUUGAGGAGACGUUUAGUCAGUGAAUCAGGCCAUCUCCAUGGUAACCAGAUACUCUUUCUGCCAUACAUACCUUCAAACUAAGGAAAUAUUUGAGGGGCUCUAUGCAACGCCCUUAAACAAUUCCCUUAGGUAAGGGAAAAUGAUUCCUUAAGGGAAACACUUAAGAUGUUUUAUGCAACCGGGCCCUGGUGUACUUAAUAGUUAAUCAAAGAGAUAGAAUAGAUGGUGUCAUCUCAAUUAAAUAUUACUACCCAAACAAGCCUAUAUAACAAACCAAUGUCACUUUACUGUCAGCAACUUAAAUAAUACAUACAGUAGCUGGGUCCAUUCUGACACCAUACAGUUUUCUGUAUACCUAUAUCCUAUGGAAAAUGGACUGGCAUUGACGUCAACAGGAGUUUCAUAUGAAAAAUCAAGUUGCGAACAUAUUACUCAAUUUCGGAGACCACGUUUUCUGUGUCUAACUCCAUGCCUAAUGGUGCCACCUUCCUUUGUCCUCCUCUCACAGGUGAGCAGCGUAGCUCAGUGAACGAAUCCAGUAGUCUUCUGGGGAGUUCGCCGCGACGCCAGUGUGGGCGUAAGGGUUCACCCUACCACACGGGUCAGCUCCACCCUGCUGUGCGCGUGGCCGACCUUCUACAGCACAUCAACCAGAUGAAAACUGCAGAGGGCUACGGCUUCAAACAGGAGUACGAGGUAGGAAGUAUGGAGACAGAGGCAUGGUUGUGGUGUAAGGGUGUAUUGCUGGGUAAGGUGUGAGAAAAUACAAGUUUGUAGUCAUGUCAUCAUACACUGUUUAGGGGUUUAAAAUGUAGAAUAAAUCAUAAUUUACAAGUCAAAAUUGUAGACAGGGAGAUUAUGCAUUUAGUAGUCAGAUUGUGUGAAGUUAUCACUCACAUCCCAGUUCUCACAGACUGCAAAAAUGUAUGAUCAGGGUUAAAAGACACUUCUUGGACCAAGUUGACUGUGAGACUAUUAAUAAAUCAUCAUUGUCUGGAGCUCAUAUAGCCCCUCUGUCAGAGUGGCUGUAGCAGUGUAGCUGAUGAAGCCCCCCAAUCCCCAGGGGUUCUCCAGACCAGGAGGCCCUUUGUUCCCCAGCCCAGUGACCGCCAACUGCUUGGGCAUCGAGGGCUUGGUGGCUCCCAACCCCUGGCUGUCCUCCAGUACCACACUGAUAAAAUAAAAUCCUCUGGACUCUGGUUGGAGGAGAAUUCUCAAUAGAGGUUUUUGGGCUCCACCACUGCCAAGUGGCUGGGGUGUGAUGUAUAGGAUGCCACCGAGUGGUUCUUAAGUGGUGCACGGCACAACGAGGGAGACAUUUUGUGAAAUCAGACCUGCAAUUAAGGAGAGAAGCCUGGAGGGACUUACAGGCUCUGUUCCAAACUUCUUUAUGCAUCAGGGAGUGUGUGUUAAGGAGAGUCUCACUCGGUUCACUUAUCUCUCGACAUGCAGACUGUGGAACUGAGUCUGUACUUUACUGUAGGUAGAGAGAGACAAGCAACACUUAUUAUUCCAGUACCUCUGUAACGGCUGAUUUCCAUGGCUGUCUGGAUGCGUCAGGCCACAUUUUGGAGGGCACAGAGCCCUGAAACAUUUCCCCUCGGUGGGAUACUACUCCAGUUGAGAGCAGACUCUGGGGUGAGCUCUAUCCCUGUCUGUCGCCUGUGGUUUCCCUGUCACAUGUCAAGUAAAAGAGAGAAAAUAUCUCACUCCCCCAAUUUCUCCCUGGCUACAUGCUUGCCCCUCUGGAACUCUGCUUGUAGACUCAUUAAACUGUCCCCCACGGGCAAAACACUCUCCACUACAAAAAUCUAUAUUCAGCUCCCUGUAUUUGCUCUAUAUGUGUCUCUCUCCAUUACAAUGGAAAACAAUGAGGCCUAUCAGCUCGUGCUCUCCUGACAGGCCUAGGCUUUAUUUCCCAGUGGAAUGCCAAUGUAGGACAUUCAGAGAUAUUGAUCAGCUCUCUGCAGUGCAUUGUAAGGGACUGGCAUGUCUGAAUUCCCACUGCAGUCACCUGCAGGUAAACACUAAGAUAUACAUUAGAGAACUCAGGCAUUCACAAUGUUGUACAGGGCAUCACCUUGAGGCAAAGCUUGAAAGGCAUAAUAGAUCUAUUGAUUGUAUGUCUAGAUAGAAGGUUUGUGUGCGGAAUGAAGUAAACACAACAAGAGCUGUUUUCACAGAUCACAGCCAAGAAUUGAGCCAGUUUUUCAAUUAUGUCCUCAGGAUGUUGAGUUAUACUGUCAUUAUAUGAUUAGGAAAAAAGAAAGUAGUCAAAACCAGUGGGAUGGUUGACACAGUAAUAUUUGACUGGGGGAGAAAAAAGACAGCGAUAAUUUGAAAUAACUGCAGCAAAAUUAUUCAUAGCACAGUUAUUUUACGGCUCAGACUGUUUUUCACUGUGUCUCAUUUUUGUCUUUCAUCAGAGUUUUACUCUUCAUUUUUUGUGUGAUACUCAGAACCAAUUAACUCCUCUCUCCCUCCCUGCAUCCCCCCCCCCCCCCCCCCCCCCCCGAUCCAUGGGCCUUACUCUCCACGUCUAUAUUGGGGAAAAGUGAGGGGGUUGGUGUAAUCCCAGGCAGGGUUUGCCUGGUUACUCUCUCUCUCUGUGGGGAGAAGCGGGGUUGUAAUCCCCUGCUCAGCAUGCAGGACUCAGGCUUGGAUUCACCCAGAGUCCCCCCUGGUGGCUGAACAACCAGAGGGGUGUGUGUGUGGGGGGGGGAACUUGGCCCCACACACGAGGGGAGAGGAGUAGUUUGGCUGAUGAGCGCAUAAGAGAGCUGGAUCCCGCUGCUGGGGUUGCCGUGGAGUCAGGACUGUCAGGGGAUGGCGAUAGUGGGGCAUGGUGAUGAGAGGAGAGGAGCGUCUUGGAACAGAGUUGUGCAUGGGGCCGUGACUAGGCAGGACGUAUGAGAUUCACUAGAGUGCUCUCUCUGUGUGUGAACAUAAAGCUAAGGCUCUUCCACAUGUUCUGCAUGAUCAGUUAAUGUGAACAGGUGGCUACUUGUCAUCUAUGAUGCUUUUAAACUCCCUUUCAGUCCAAAUGGUCUUUGAAUAGCACUACACCGUCAUGACGUAUGCAUUGGCUCACUACUUGAAAGAUAGUGCUCCAAUUAUACCCAUGAAUUUUCAAUUUCCCCCUUACGUCGCUCAAACACAACAGACAAAGGCAGAUAUAAUGGUUUAGAAGAGACCUGUAAGAGCAUUGUAAGUAUGUUUGAACCGAUAGGGGAAGGAUGGUAUUGGUGAUAGGAUCAUUAACAUAUACGUCCCUAUACUUCUACAGAGCUUCUUUGAUGGCUGGGACUGCACCAAAAAGAAGGACAAAACUAAAGAGAGGCAUGACACGUUGAUGGGA